AUGCGGUCAAUACGUUUAACAUUUUUCAUCGUUUUUAUAUCAUUGAUUGGAAUUUCGAAUGGUUUGUAGAUUUGAUAUAUCUUCUUUUGUAAUUAGAUUUUUCUAGGAGUCGACCGAUUUUUGGCAUUUUCAAAAACCGAAUUAUGUGAUGCUGAACCACAUUUGAAAAUGUGCCAGACUGGUAUGUUUCUCACUUUAGGAGAUGAUGUGAAUGCUAAAUUUUUUGAAAUUUUAUUUGGAUUUUCUUGCACGUGUGUACAAGAAAACCCAAAACUUUGCACAACAUAUAGAUUUUUUCCAGCGGCUCGAGCAAGAUCUUCGAAAAUUCUAGAUGGAAAAGGAUUGACAGCUGAUAGAUUAGAACACUUAUCACAAGUACUUAUUUUUUCCACAGUAAUAUUGAUUUUUAAUUAAAAUUUGCAGCAUUCAAAAGAUGGAUUUAUAGAAGAAGAUGGAAAUACUGAAACAUCACUAAAAGAAUCAGAUCCUUUCGAAGAAUUAUCAACACGUUCCCCAAUAAAUGAUCAAGAUACAAUUUCAACACCAACUCGUCAUCUCAAAUCACAUCAUAGACAUCGAUCAAGAAAAUAUAAAAAUCCAUAUGCAUAUUAUCAACAACAAAAUGUUGCCAGAAACAGCGCUCUUUAUAGGUGAGAAAAAUAUAAACAACAAAAAAAAGAACACUUGACGUAAGUAUUUCAUCCGCUCAUAUGAUACUUUUUAAUCCUUCGGCUGAGAAAAAUAAUCCCUCGAAACAUUUGAAUAAAAAAUUAAUAUUUAUGGAAAUAAAAAUAAUGAAAACGUUAACAUCGCAAAAACGUCAAUGUUGUUUUCAGAGUUUACCCGGGACUUCGGCCAAAAGAUCAAAGAUAUUGUGGAGAUAUGAAACCAAUGUUCGCAUAUACUUGUCAACCAAGCAAACCACUUCGUUUAGAUCUUGUUGAAUUUUGUAAAGAUUACUCAGCAUUUUGUCAAGUUCCAAACUUCCACAGAUUGCCAGGUCCACGAAUGGGACCACCAUUAACUGAUAAAGGGGUGAGUUGUUUGCUGUACCGGUUUCUUUGAAUUCCAAAAUUAUUCCCAUAAAUUCCAGGUUGGUCACGUUGAUAUCAAUGGUCACUUUGGUUUUGGUGUUGGCGCCCUUCCAGGUUUCGAAGUUGGUGUUGGAUGGGGUGUUGAUGUUGGACCAAUUCCCGGAAUGGGUGAAAGUGUUGGUGUCGGAGUUGGAUUGGAUUUGGGAAUUAUGGGAGCAAAAUCUCCUGAAGGUUUCCGACGAGGACAAGAUGAUCCAAAUGCCAAAGGAGGUGGUAUUGUUGGAAUCAAUGGCGGUGUUGGUGUGAAAGCACCAGGAGCUGGAAAUGUUGGAGUUGGAAGUGGAAUUGGAGUUGGAAAAUAA